AUGGUCGAGGAGGAGAGGGGUGAGCUGGUCCGCCGCCUCCUGCUCCAGCGCCAACACAUGCGAGGAGUGGAGGACAUGGACGUGAGGCGGUGUGAAAAAAGCCAAGGGAGAGAGAGGAGUGUGUGGGUGGAGAGAGAGGGAAAGGGGAGGAGGAACGAGCCUACCUGCCAUAAGCCAUCAUCGCAAAUCCAGCCUUGGAGACAGCGGCGAAUCAACAGCUGGCCCCCGAGUGAAGUCAUAGCCUCGUCGGCCAAUCGCGGAGCGGGAGAAGCCGGGAGUCCGAGCGGUUCGCUGGGAAAGGCACGGUGCGGUGCGACCAAAGUCAACACCUAA